CUCUGAGCUCCCUCACACUGCAGCAGCAGGAAACAAAAGGGUUCUGGUUAUUUGAAGAGGGUUUGAAAUGAAAAAAGCCGCUGGGACGUGCUGAGAACACACAGCUGCUGUCUGGGUUCGUGCACAUCCUGGAGAUGCCAGGCUGCCUCCUAGGACAAGGAAUCCCUGCAGGGCACCCUCCUCUCCUGCUUCAGGGGACAGCGCUGGACAAGAACAUGGAGGGUGCAGCUCACGCUGACCUGGAGCUCGUGGCCUCUCUGGCUGAAAAAAUCUCUCUGUUGGAACGAAAAAUAGAGAAACAAGCACAAGAAAUCCAGCUGAAGGACGGCAGGAUUGCUGAACUCGAGGAGAGGAUAAAGGCUCUUCAAGGAGAAGAUGGUUUUGACUCAUCCACCACUGAAGAGCUGGAAAUGAGGUGCCUUCAGCUGCAGAGGCAGGUCUGGGAGAUGGAGCGGUUCCUGAAUGACUAUGGUCUGAUUUGGGUUGGAGAGACACGGGACCAGCUGGAGGACACAGAAUCAGUCCAGGAUGAAGAGGAGCUGCCUGCAAGGAGCCUCUGCAAGCUGGGUCAAGGCGCUGUUUGUGAACCCCAGAUUGAUUUCGAUUUAAUCCUGGAGAACAUUAAGGAUUUGAACUCGCUGGUGGGAGAGGGCAUUUCCCAGAUCGAGCACACGCCCCGAGGGGCUCGGCUGAGGCGGCCAGAGCCCCUCCCUGUGAUCCUGUACCAGAACGGGAUCGUCGUGGGACACGGAGCCUUCCGGCCCUACCAGCACCCCGGCACUCAGCAAUGCCUGCAGGACAUCCUGGAUGGAUAUUUCCCCUCUGAGCUGCAGCCACGCUACCCUGACGGUGUCCCCUUGCAGGUCACUGACAGGAGGGAUGUGGUGUUCCAGAACCUGCCUGGGAGUUUUCCUGGCCUUGGCCACGUGGUGGGUACCUCAGAAUCCAAGCAAGUGCAGGAAACCUCUGAGAUCCCAGAUCCCCAAUCCUCCUCGGGGCAGGCUCCCAAUGAGCUUUCCAAGCCCCCAGAGCACAGAGGCAGAGUGGGCAGUGCCCGAGGCGAGGCUGGAGCGGCCCCACAGGGCUCUGAUGGGCAGCAGAGCAGCAAAGGAAUCCUGGUGGAAACAGCUGGGCUGGCUGCCCUGGAGAGGUGCAGGGUGAAGGCAGCUGAGGCUGAAGCUGCAGGCCCUGAUUCCUGCACCCUGCGCAUCCGCUCCGAGAGCGGCGAGCGCAGCUACGAGCUCAGGAUGCUGCUCUCGGACACCAUCGGGGACCUGCGCCAGCACCUGGCCCACAUCAGGGGUGGAAACUCGGACUCGUAUGAGAUCAUCAGCACCUUUCCCCAGAGGGUGUACACGGACAACUCCAGGAGCCUGCAGGAAUGUGGGCUGGUCCCCAGCGCCUCCCUGCUGCUCAGGAGGAGAGACCCCUCCCAGAAAACAGCCUGAGAGCUCCUCACCCCCAGCUCUGCACAGGGAGGGAGCUGCCUCUCACCUUACCCAACCUGGCCUGGCUGGGAAGAAGGGAGAGGUUUUCUUUCCAGAUUCAGUUUCACUGUGCCAUUACCUGGAUGGAGAAGAGCUUGGAGCAGCCAUUUGGCAGAGAGGCCAGGCCCAAUCCUGCUGCCUCACACAGUGGCUGCUGCUCCCCAGGACGGAUGAUUCCCAACACAGGGACACCUCCACCAGCUCACCAGGGCUGCAGGCUGGCUCCUGAUCCCUCUGCAGGUCACACAGGCUGCCCCCUGCCCAGGGGAGCCUGCCAGCUGCUCUGUAGUUACUGAGCUGGGCUCAGGGACUCUGGAGCAGCAGGAUGGACACACAGCAGGAUGGACACACAGCCAGGGGCACAC